GGUUCGGUUUCCAUUUCUGCUCUUUUUCUGUGAAGACAAAGGGCAUCAUUGCGACGCAGAAAAUAUUCACCGUCUGAAAUGCCAAACCGUGGCCUCCGGCUCGUCUUUCGGUCGCCGUUAUCCCCGUUUUAACCGAAAGAACCCCAGUGUACGAGGAGGCGUCGGUGUACGAGUGGAUCCUGCCGAGCAGAGCAGCAGCUAGCGCUAGUGGAGUCAAAAUGGCGUCUGUUUGCCCACUCAACGCUCGUCUAAUCCAUCUGUGAUUAGCCUCGUAGCUACAUUCAGCCACCUGUGGAUAGUUUCUUGUGCUUCGGUUUCACACACUGAUACGGUUUGGGUACAUUUUAGCGUCAUGUCGGACUCGGAGGAGGACAGCCAGGACAAGCAGCUUAAAAUUGUAGUGAUUGGAGACGGAGCGUGUGGGAAGACAUCACUCGCCACCAGGUUUGCACAGGAGGCCUUUGGGAAGCAGUACAAACAAACCAUCGGCCUGGAUUUCUUUCUGAAGAGAAUAAGCCUUCCAGGCAAUUUGAACGUGACCCUGCAGGUGUGGGACAUUGGAGGCCAAACAUUAGGAGGGAAGAUGCUGGAUAAAUAUGUUUAUGGAGCUCAUGGUGUUCUUUUGGUAUACGAUAUCACCAACUACCAGAGCUUCGAGAAUCUGGAGGACUGGUUCAACAUGGUCAAGAAGGCCAACGAGGAGGCUGAUAUUCAGCCUGUUGUGUCCUUGGUAGGCAACAAAAUCGACCUGGAACACAUGAGGACAGUGAAGGCUGACAAACACCAGCGCUUCUGCCAAGAGAACGGCCUUGUCAGUCAAUUUGUAUCGGCAAAAACAGGGGAUUCGGUAUACCUUUGUUUCCAGAGAGUGGCUGCCGAGAUUCUUGGUGUGAAGUUAAACAAAGCAGAAAUAGAGCAGUCCCAGCGUGUGGUCAAGGCGGACAUUGUGAACUACAGUCAGGACACUGUGGCCCGGACAGUCAACCCUCCUCGCAGCUCCAUGUGUGUGGUGCAGUGAUCCCCUCCAACGCACACACACUAUACACACACAAAACACACACACAGACUAUACACACACAAAACACACACACAAAAAGAUGUACAAUUGUCUUUAGUCAGUAUUUCUCUUUCAGGAUUUUUGGGAUGAGUGGAUGAAAAGUAUUCAGAGUGUGUUCUCUGUGUUCCUGUGUGUCCAUUGUAUGAGUGAGAUAAAGAACAGACUGUGCGGUUUCGAGGCCUUGGCCUGUAGUUUGGAUAUUUAGCAGAAAUGAUUUCUUGGGUGGUUUGCCAAAAAGGAAACCUCAGCUUUUUCAAGUUUACACGCAGCUAUCAUUUUAUUUCUAAGAAUCAUCUUGAAUAUAUAUUUUAAAAAAGACUCUUUACUUGAUUUAUGCGUUAGCAUGAAGCUGAUUGUUUGAAGGAGGAAGACAGUUAAAAUCAGUCACUCUGGUAAUUGAAAAUAUUUUUCUAUAUAGGCAUAUUUUCCUCUACCAUUGCUACUAGGGGCAUUUAAUUCAGUGAGUCAUUAUGUUAAUAAAACCUGUUUAAUCUGUGUCUUUACCUACAGUACGACUGCAAAGUAGAUUCAUGGUAAGAGUUAAAGGGACAAUAGACAGGGAAGAGAAACCAAAGGCGCACUCAUAGGAUUUUUUGAGGUAUUCUUAAUAUCUGUGGUGCUCAUCAGUAGAACAGAAGGGAAAUAGGUGUUAAAAUGCUGUAGUGGAUGGAAAUGAAUCUAAGCUUUCUAUUUGCCAAUUAGGGGCUUGCUGUAGCCGUGAUGUGAUGUGAACUGUGUACUGUUGUCUUACAUAGAAAUAUUUCAAUUUUUAAUCAAAAUGUACAUUUUCUAUUCUUUUUUCGUCAGGCUAUACCAAUCUAUCAAUACAUCAUCUUGUAGUCUACAGUCCAUUUCAAUGAUUUAGCUUCAUGUUUUCACACAAUGUGACAUUCCCAGGUUCAUCCUGUUGGAGGAACAUUCAGAUGCUGUGUGGGUAAAGUGUUGAUAUAGAUAGAUGAAUAUGACUCAGGAAGUACUUGAGCGUCAAGCUAAGCUGAAAUGUAAAACAUUUUAUUAGAUUUCUCUACAUAGCCUUAUUCAACUGUCCGUUAUAGAACAGAAGUUUGCAUUGAAGAAUGGCUAUGAUGCAUAAAAUGCUUCAUAGAUCUUCAUUUUGACCACAUUUUAAUAACCUGUCCUUCAGCUUCUGUGUUGUUAGAAACAACUUAGAUUUUAAGCAGUUUUGUCAAAAUAGCCUUUACGUGAUAGUACAUGUUGGUACGAUGGCAUUUAAUGUGGAGUCCACCUAACAAAUUAGCCGCCAUAAGUGUAAUUUAUUUGUGUACAAUAGAUGCAACUUCUGAUCCAUUUCAAAGCUCCUUUCACUGAUUAACAAUCAUCAGGCCGCAUCUUGUAAAAUCUGAUCAUUUCAAGGAAAUGUACACUUUUAAAAGAACUAAGAAUGUACUGUUAAAAGUGACUGUUUAGUUGAUGUUAUACAGCCACAUGGAUGUGUGUUUCUAAAUAAAACAAAUGUAACAUGGAAA